AUGAAUGCACAGGAAGUUUUCGCGAAUGUCAACUCUCAAGAGAGCAUAAAUUUCAAUAGAAAACGACUGUUAUAUAUCCAGGAUAUAACGUCUUUGGUUUUUGGUUGUGGAGCAGGAAUCCUUCAACUGGAAAAUUUGGAAGGGUUUGGUGCAUUUUUCGGGUCCUAUUUGGCGAUUUCUUUAGUUUUUGUCGUGUGGUAUUGCGGAUUGAAGCCCGGGAAAUACUAUCAAAGCCCAAUUCAAGAAAUCUUGGUCGAUUCGUUGUUCAGAGAAUUGGCCGGCUAUGUAAUGGCAUGGACGUUUGUGUAUGCGUUAUUGGGAUAA